GGAUACUGUGAAUGCUCUGUCAAACAGUACUACACAUUCGAAGAGAAUCGGGACCAAAAAGUACUGAUCACAUAAGGUAUACAUUUCACUAGUAAAAAAGAAAUACGUUCCAUCUGGUUAAUUGCGGCACAGUUUCUCUGAAGUCUUUCUUUUGGCGUUUCGCCUUGCGACGCGAUUUAACCACGUGGGAAAGAUGUCUUGCUAAAGAACAGAGCUUGAACGAAGUGAACAACAUGUCGUCUUACGAGCUUUUAGUUUUCAACAGGGCCGUCCAUUGUGGAUCGUCCAGGGGAUAUUGCGAGUUUCCGCUCUCACUGCUCUGUUUACUACGAUAUCGAUAUACCUGUCACAAAAUCAAAUAUAGUGAGUUCGAGUAUACUCGAAGUUUCCAACCCAAAAGCGACACGCAAGGCUCAGCUUAACUGACAUCGUCGAUCCGAACAUUCUCACUGAAUUGUAGUUGCACCAUAGAUAAAGCUGACGCUGGCUUGAAGGCUCACCAGCGUGUCAAAAGUGGAAGGAGGAAAAAAAGUGGAAAUAUGUUAGCCUUCAUAUGCCGCGGAUGCAUACCAGUAUUAGAAGAGCAAUACCAGAUUGUCGUUGACAUAUAAAGGCAAGCGCGACUUAAGCUGGGAGCGUCAUCCGCUUAGAACUCUAUGACGAGUCAACAACGUUUGGUGUCGUUUUCUUCGUCCCGUGCCUCGUUCGCUGUCUAGUGUUAAUCGUUUGAGGAAAUCGCCUGUUUCCUUCCUGGCAACAUGCAUAACAAGAUGCCCCUCGUCACUUGGGUGUCCUUCGCAGUCUACACGGUGGCUGUUCCCAGCAGUGCUCUCUUACCCCACGCACCCCUGGCCGUUGCGCCAGCGCCAGUUGCAGCUGUACCUGCACCACAGCCUUACAGCUUCGGCUAUGACACGCAAGAUGAGUUUGGAACUCGUCAAACCCGUAGUGAAGUGUCGAACGCAGUCGGAGCCAAAGUUGGCUCGUAUGGAUAUACGGAUCCUCACGGAAUCUACCGACAGGUAAACUAUAUCGCUGAUGCGGCUGGUUUUCGAGCCUCCAUUUCGACAAAUGAACCCGGCACCUCGGCAAGUGCUACCGGGGCAGCCCUUUACAACGCCCCUACCACCUACGUAGCACCUGCGCCUGCUCGAAUUGUAGCCACGCCCAUUGCACCGGCAUCACCUGUCCUUACUCCUAACCAAGUCCACUACCAUGGGUAAUUCCAACCACAUGCCAACUAUUUUGACAUUAUCAGCACAAUUUCAGAGGAACUGUCAGUGUUACGAUGCUGAUCAUUGAAGCAGGGAACGUCUUGAUCAUACUUCUCAUGAGUGACUACAGUUUCUUAAGCGUCGACAUUUUCAACAACAUUAAUUGCUAAAAACCGAAAAGAUGAAGAUAGUAAAGGUAAAAACAAAUAAAUGUAUAAAACCUGUAUUUGGACUGAUUUCGGAUAAUAAGCAAAUAUUGUUUUCAACAAUUUGCCAUCAAACCGGUGUGACUUCAAUGACUCGUUAUAGCCGCAGUAGCACCUGAAGACAACUAAUAUUAAGAAACAUUUACGCAGCCAUAUUUGAAACGAAUGAAUGUAUGCAUAAUAUUCAAGUAUACGAUGGACUCACAUUAUACAGAUUUCGAAACUAGAGACUGCUUAAAUGAGAAUCAUCGUCAAUUGCCAUAUUACUUCAGAUAGACUUCUAAUCUUGCUCGUACAUUCGUUGUAGGCGUCGUGUCUGUAUGAAUGUAAAUAAAUAUAUAUAUAUAUAUAUAUAUAUAUAUAUAUAUAUAUAUAUACUAACUUAAUGCAAAUCAUUCAAUAAAGUGUACUGAAUUUCGUCAAUAUGGUCGUACAGGAUAAUUAUACAAGGAUUAGUUUGUUACUUAAUACCGUGCACAUAGACACAUACACACAUGCAGAAA